AUGAGAGAGGAUAUACUGUAUAUUAUGGUCGUUGGCUCAGUUGCUUCAUCGUCUGCGUACUGUGAGGAGAUGGUGGGAGGUGUCUUUACCAUCGGUGACUAUCGUUGCGAAACACUUUUGUCAGAAGCUUAUUCGGAAAGAGUCACCGACGUUAACUUCAAAAAACUAAGAAUAACCUUGUCCAAUAAAGGAAAAGUGAUUGCCACAAGAACAGUUUGCCAAAUCAAUUUCCCCAAUUGGACUGACGAUGUUUGGCCGACAACUUAUGAUACUCUUUAUGAUAUUCACAAUUUAGUGACGUCCUCACCGAAACCAAUCAUAGUACACUCCACCACGGCUACUGGUCCAGCAAUGGGUUUUGUUGGAUUAGCGUUCUGCUCCCAGCUCAUGGAAAUCAAAGAAGAAUAUACGUUUGAUGUGGUAUUCCGUAAACUUAUCAAAAGACGCUACUGCUCUUUCAACGACGCACAAUGCAUAGGAUGGCUGGAGAUCGGAGUCAUGUACUUCCUCACGAGAAAGCACCGAUUGGAACCCUUCAUGUUCAACAAUAAUAAUCAGAUGUUCCAGAAUAUGGUGACAAAUGGAGAUGGGAUUCCGGAAGAGUUAAGGGGAACCCGAUGGGAUUAG